AUGAGAGCCGAGUCGCAGGCGGUGAUUGGCCGCCGCCCGGGCCGCGUCAGCCUCCGGGGGCGGGGCCCGGGCCGCAUUGUCUCGUUCGGGGCCGGUUGGAAGCCCCAGAGGCUGGACCUGGGCAACCCCUGCUUGGAGGUGCCCGGGCCGGAGCGCCCAGAGGGCUGGGAGCGAGGCCUGGGCGGGGUCAGGUUCAAGUUCCCGGGGGAAAGCGGGGUUGGAGCGCAGGCGGCCGAAGCGGAACCAAAGCCCGCUCAGACUGCCACGUCUCCAGGAACCCCCUCCUUACUCUUGGACAACACUCCGCCCUCACCCGGGCCUCCGUCCCCCAAACCACCCCCAUUUCUGCAGCCCCGGAUCCCUUGGCACGUUCCCCUGGACCUGGGGGUUUCCGUCCUAACCCGGCCCUCUCAGCCCCCGAACUUCACGCCUCAAACCUGCCCGGCCCCACCCCGGACCAGCAGCCCCAGAUCUACAGCCUUCGCCCCUAGAUUCGCCCGUCUGGUGAUGAGGCACUCCACGCGCUCCUUCGGCCCGCUGAGACUUACAGGAGAACUCUUCCAGCAAAUUCCAGAGCCCACACCCAGAACAUACAGAGGCAACAAGAACAGUGUCACAGAGAGCCCACCCGUAACUGAAACGUUGGUGGCCAGCUACAGUAGCAGUAAGGACCAGAGUGCGAUAGAAGACUGGCAGAAACUCACCUUCAAAUACAUGAAAACGACCCAGCAGAGAAGAAAGAAGUUUCUGACAGUGGGGAUCUCCUCAGUGUCACCGCUGGAGGAAAGCAACCUCUUGUACACACUGGACUCCCUGUUCCGUACUUCCUCUAAAGCUGAGCAGAAACACUUCACAGUGCUGAUCCACCUGGCAGAUUCUGACCUCACCUGGCUCGGAGAAACUGUUGCCCGUAUUUCAAGCCUCUUCAGCCCAGAGAUCUUGGCAGGGCAGUUGCUACUGAUCCAUGCUCCAUCUGAUGCCUACCCCCCUGUGGAUGGCAUCAGGAACAACACCUAUUCUGGGGAAUUCUACUCCAAGCAGAAUGUGGAUCAUGCCUUCCUCAUGAGCUAUGCCUCAAACCUCUCUGAUUACUUCCUCUUACUAGAUGACAACGUCUUUUGUGGCCCCAACUUUGUCAGCCACAUUAAGUGGAAGGUGACCAACAUGAACUCCAAGCCAUGGGUACUACUGGAGUUCUCUAACAUGGGCUUCCUUGGCAAGCUCUUUCACAGCAGGGACCUCCCACUCCUCGCCCAUUUCCUCCUCCUCUUCUAUAGGGAGAAGCCCCUUGACAGGCUGAUUCCUCAUUUCCGUACCCUCCUGCUUCAGAAAAACCCAGUCCUCUGCAGGCCUUUCCUCUUCUACCACAGGGUCUCCCACCCCAGCUUUGACGACAACUGGAAGACCUCAACAGUUAAGAAAAAGGACUCUUAUCGUCCUGACAACCCACCUGGAACCGUUUUCACUGAUAUGAAGGCAUUUGAUGUUCAUUUCCCCUGGGAGGCCUACACUCUAGACGAGUCAUUCUUUUGGACGUAUAAUGUUAGUGUAGGGAACCACUUGACAGUGCUUUUGAGCCAUCCAGUGAACCUGAGGAGAGUGCAAGUGAUGACAGGUUCCCUGGUAGAGGGAAAGUACACCCUAGAGAAGGGGCAAGUAGAGCUGGGCUACACCCCUGAGCGGAUGUCGGAGUUCUGUACCAGCUUCACCUUGCUUGGCCGUCUCUUGGAAGGGCAGCUGGACCAGGAAGUAUUUCCAAAAAAUAUUGGGCACAGCGUGAGCUGCGUGAGGCUGGUGGUGAAAGCUAGUCAGGUUGGUGGUCUCAUGAUCAGACAUAUCUCCCUCUGGGAGGAAAAAGCGAAAGAGAAAGAAGGAGCCACAAGUUGAAGAUAAACCAAUAAGAGUGUGAAAAAAUUAAAAUCUUAAAGCUAUUUCAUUCUAGCCUAUCUGGGUGUGUGAUACCAAAAAAACAAACCCAGUGCCGUCCAGUUGAUACUGACUCGUAGCAACCUUAUAGGGCAGAGCAGAACUGCCCCAUAGAGUUUCCAAGGAGUGCCUGGUGGAUUCAAACUGCUGACCCUCUGGUUAGCAGCCGUAGCACUUAACCACUACGCCACCAGGGUUUCCAGGUGUGUGAUAGGGGAGAUAAAAGGGAAUGAGGGGCAGAGAGGGAAGACUCUCCACCAUACUUUUGGUGCCACCAAGAUGUUAGGAGACCUGUUCCAUCUUUUUAUACUCAGAGAGUCACCUUUCCUAAGAUAUCUUUUGCUGGGGCAGACAUAGCUUAGCCCAACUUGGGGAAAGGCCGCAGUCAUUUCCAGAAACUUUAGAUUCCUGGAAUUCUGGAAUCAGCACAAAUACAGGGUGCUUGUGUGUCUGUAUUUUUACAAAGGGACAGAGGUGAACAGUAAUGUGGUAAUAGGACAUUGAGGACAUUUUUUUUCUAUCUAUAUCCCAGGUACACGUCUAGAUGUAGGAAAAUCGUGCAGAGCACCUAGAAUUGACGUUAGGAGUUAAAUGCCCUAAAGUUCAGGAAAGUAGCAGAUGGACCAAUGGCCAUAAAACGAACUCUUUCCUUUUGAGCUCUUUCACAGUGCCAAUCCAGUUCCCUCCUUUCCUCACUAACAAACUUGGCCUAAACAGUUUGUAACUAAAGCCUUGCUUUCUCAUCAGCAAUUCACUUUUAACUCCAUCCUAGUCAUCUAGUGCUGCUAUAACAGAAAUACCACAAGUGGAUGGCUUUAACAAAGAGAAGCUUAUUUCCUCACAGUGAAAUAGGCUAAAAGUCCAAAUUCUGGGCAUCAGCUCUAAGGGAAGCCUUUCUCUCUCUGUUGGCCUUCUCAUCAAUCUUCUCUGGGACUAGGAGAUUCUCUGCACAGGGACCUCUGGUCCAAAGGACACGAUUUACUCCUGGCACUGCUUUCUUGGUGGUAUGAGGUCCACCUGUCUCUCUGCUCACUUCUGUUUUAUAUCUCAAAAGAGAUUGCCUCAAGACACAAUCCAGUCUUGUGGACUGAGUCCUGCCUGACUAACACAACUGCUGCCAUUCCCCCUCAUUAACAUUAACAGGCAGGAUUUACAACAUAUAGGAAAAACACAUCAGAUAACAAAAUGGUGGACAAUCACAUAAUGCUGGGAAUCAUGGCCCAGCCAAAUUGAUAUACACAUUCUUUGGAGGGGGGCAUAAUUCAAUCUAUGACACUCCCCCACUGGCUUCUACAUCCACAGUACUACUGAAGCUCUUUUCCCUGUUUGUGAUGACAAAAAUAGUCAAAACCCAAUGGCAUUUUCCCAGACUCAUUCUCAACUCUCUUUGGCAACACACAGGAUUGUGUUCCUUCUUGAAACUGUCUCCUUCCUUGACUUCUGGGAUUCGUUAAUUCAUUAGAAAGGUAUUGAGUGCCUAUGAUGUGCCAGGCCAAAAACCCCUGUCCUUGAAGAGGUUUUAUGGUGGGGGGAUAUAGACAAGUGUGUUUUAAGCAUCAUGUGUGGUUAAGUAUAGGGUCCUUUGGGAACACAGAGCUUCUGUGCCUAACCCAUUCUUGCAGGCUUAUGGAAGGAGUUUUGAAAUAUGUGACAUCUAAGCCUAGACCUGCCAAGUAAUUAGAGAAGGUAGUCAGGUGAUGUGGGAAGAAGGGUGGGAGAAUUUUUAAGCAGAAGAAACAGCACGCAGAGAGGAUAGCCAGAGGGGAGAAAAAACUUGGCUUAUAUGAGAAAGCACACGUUAUUUAAUGGGGUUGGAAAUGGAGGGCUAGUUGGAGUGGGGUGGGCAGAAGAUGAAACCAUAGGACUAAGAAAGGACCAGUUUAAGAAGGGUCAUAGACAAUUUAAUAGCAGAAGGAAUAGUCUUUUCAAUGAAUGGUACUAGGACAACUGGAUAUCCAUAUGCAAAAGAAUGAAAUUGGGUCCUUACCUCACACCGUACAUAAAAACUAACUCAAAAUAGAUCGUGGACCUAAAUGUAAGAGCUAAAAUAAUUGCCAUGACCUUGGACUAGGCAGCGGUUUCUUAGAUAUGGCACCAAAAGCACAAGCAACGAGAGAGAAAAAAAAAACAAAAAACAGAUAAACUGGACUUAAUUAAAAUUAAAAACUUCUGUGCUUCAAAGGACACUAUCAAGAAAGACAACCCACAGAAUAUCAAGAAAGUGAAGACAACCCACAGGACGAUAGAAAUAUUUGCAAAUUAUGUAUUUGAUAGUGGGCUGGUAUCCAGAAUAUUUAAAGAACUGUUAAAACUCAAUAAUAAAAAGCCAAAUAAUCUAAUUUGAAAAUGGGCAAAGGGUUUGAGUAGACAUUUCUCCAAAGAAGAUACAUAAAUGGGCAAAAAGCACAUGAAAAGAUGCUCAACAUCAUUAGUCAUCAGGGAAAUGCAAAUCAAAACCAGAAUGAGAUACUUCACAUGCACUAGGAUGUCUAAAAUAAAAAACAAGGUUAUUGCUCUUACGAUCCUAAAAUAUAGAUUGUCAUGAGAGCAAGAAGUGUAGGCGAGGAUGUGGAGAAAUUGGAACACUCAUACUUUGCUGGAAGGAUUGUAAAAUGGUGUAGCCACUUUGGAAAACUGUUUGGUCAUUCCACAAAAUGUUAAACAUACAGUUGCAAUACCAGCAAUUCCACUCCUAGGUAUAUAGCCAAGAGAACUGAAAACAUACAUCCACAAAAACCUGUACACAAACGUUUGCAGCAGCAUUAUUUAUAAUAGCCCAAAAGUAGAAACAAUCUACAUGUUUACCAACUGAUGAAUGAACAAAAUGUAAUAUAGCUAUACAAUGAAAUAUUAUUUAGCAACAGAAAGAAAUGGAGUACUGAUAUAUGCUACAAUGUGGAUGAAUCCUGAGAACUUAUGCUACUUGAAAACAACAGUCACAAAGGCCACACAUUGUAUAGUUAACUCCAUUUACAUGAAACGCCAUGAAUAAGUAAAUCCACGGAAACAGGAAGUACAUUAGUGACCAGGGGCUGGGGAUAAGGGGAAAAUGGGGAGUGACUGCUAAUGGGUACAGGUUUUCCUUUUUAGAGUGAUGAAAUGUUCUAAAAGAGAUUGUGGUGAUGUUUGUAUAACUGUGAAUAUAUUAAAAACCAUUGAACUGUAUACUUUAAAAGAGCAAAUUUUAUGGUAUGUGAAUUAUAUCUCAAUAAAGCUGUUAUUAAAAAAAAAAAAAAA